CUGAGUAUCUUUCCCAAUUGCUACCCCAUUCCCAAAAUUAGAUGUUAGAUUAUGAUAUGCUCUGGCCUCCACCCCUUUAACUCUUAUAAAUUUAUAUCCCAUUUUCGUCAAACAACACAAACUUGUUUAGAGCUUCCAUUUUAGAGUGUGAGAUUCUUCCUUUUUUAUUUUUUCUGAAGAAACAUGGGGGGAGGAGUUGGUUUAGUUUUGGGUUUAAUUGCGGUGGUUUUUGUUCACCAUCCCACUGCUCAGACUGUUCGUGUCGUCGGAGACUCCACUGGUUGGACGGUUCCGCAGGGCGGCGCUGCUUUCUAUUCCGAUUGGGCUUCUAAAAACUACUUCACUAUUGGCGAUUAUCUAACAUUUAACUUUGAGAGCAACAUGCAUAAUGUCCUUAAAGUACCAAAAGAGUCAUUUGAUGCAUGCAAUACAUACAAUGCCAUAGGAAGUCUCGUCACUACAGGUCCGACUACAGUGAAGCUCGACACUGUAGGCGUACAUUAUUUCAUUUGUACUAUCGACAGUCAUUGCGUUCAAGGCCAAAAGUUAUCUGUCACCGUCACCGUCUCCACCAGUACUCCUGGCGGUGCAAUGCCGCCUUCUUCAAACAUUGCUCAGCCUCCUCCUCACAUUGAUGCAUGUGCUCGAACUCCUGCAAUUUUGUCGUUUUCGUCACCACUUAACUGUGAUGGAUCUUCAGUGGCUUUGACGGCUUCCUCCACCGUACUGAUGGCAAUCCAUUAUGUUACCUUGUCCGCCAUUGUUAUCAGCUUGUUGUUUUAGAUCAUGUGGAUUAACAUUUGAUCCUUUUUUUUAUCUCUUAUCCUUCUUAGAUUAAUAAGUUGGGGUUGUUGAUCUGGUUAAGUAUUAUUAAGUUUGUUUAUGGAAGUUUAUUUAGAGUUGAGAAGUGAGAUAGAUAACGAGUGGGUGAUGGAAUUUGGUUGUAUUCCUCCAUACCUUUUAUUUAUGUUAUUUACUUUUUUGCCUUCGGAACUUUAGGCA